AAAUUAAUAUCUAAAUAUAAAAAGAAAUUCAAGCUAGCCUAUCAUAGCUUGGAGCGAAGUAACGUGUGAUAUGAUAUUACCCAUCCCAGAUCAAAUUUGACGUUGACGAAUUUCUUGGUGUAAUAAAUGAUAAGUAUUAUGAAAAGGAAGUAAAUGCGCCCUGUUAUUGGCUUCAGUCUUCAUCCCGGUUAUCUUAUCAACCCCCACAAAAUACCUGUACGAUGUAACAAGGAUUUCAAGGUGUAAACUCAGUCUUGGUUGGAAUGUGAAGUAAAGCAAUUCGGCACCACAACAUGAACUGCAAAUACCUGUGAUAUUAUAUUGAAUUUUAAUUGCUUGCUUCAUUGUGAGGAGCUAAUGGUGACAUUACAGUUACAGAGUAAGGGAAAAUGGAGUAUUCAAUAAACUGAUCAAAGUUUAACCAGUGACUCGAAGGCAGGAGAAAUUAUAUAGUACCAUGGAUGCUUUCAAGGCAGUGAUUUUCAUUCAAAUACUGGCAAGCUUCUGCGUUGCUACGGCAACCAACGACGUUGAUGAGGCCCCGUUCUCUUUGGAAGAUUACGCUGAAGUGGACGAUAACGCUCCCACCCAGAUGAGUCUAAUAUUGGACGGCAAAAACCAUACAGCAAGCAGUUUGGCAUCGACAACAUCUCUCGAGAUGUGCCGAAUGGGUUUUGGAGUAAUGGACUAUUAUCCGACGGAGGAAAACUAUUAUCACCACCAGACGUGUUUCUGGUGCUAUUUCUUCACGCCGCCCCACAGGAGGAAGUACAAUCUCAAAGUCGUCACGAAUAAAAUCACGCUGUCCGACGGCAAGACCCGCAUGGACGUCAUGUUUUCUGAUAAGAACAGCACGCACUACUUUGAUCCGGACGACGGAGAGGGAUGGAUGGCAGUGACGUCAUCGCUCUCAGAUAUCUUGGAAGCAGCCAAACUGGAGGGAUGCUGUCGAGAGGCCGUUAGUUGCUGCGAGCGUAACCUCCUCCACACUUAUUACAUGCAAAACAAAACGUCAGAAUCAGAGGGGAAGGUCCUUUGCCCUGCUACUUGGGACGGAUGGUCGUGUUUCCCUGACACGCCGGCGGGAGAGGUGGUCUCGUUCGUGUGUCCCCCUCAUGCCUACAAAGGCCAGCCUGAAUGUGCCCUCGAAGGAACGAAAACCUGCUGGCCGAACGGAUCUUGGGCCCGGGACCCUAGCGGCAGGGAACAGACGGAAUAUGCCACCUGCAGCCAUCGCCACUACCAUCUGAUCAACUACUACUGGGAAGUGACCAUGCACGCUGCCUCCAUGGUCGUCCUUAUACCUGCUGUUAUCAUCAUCCCUUAUUACAGGCCGCUUCGAGCUCAGAGGUUCAUCUUACACCUGAACUUAUUCUGGGCCCUUUUCUUCAAGGCCUUCUUCAGUCUCUUAGACGUAGCUGUUCUGAGGAUACCGGAAUACACAGAGACCAACACGCUGCUGGAUGACAACGCUGAAGGGUGCAAAAUCUUGGUCUUCCUCACGAAGGUCUUCAGCGUCGCCGUCUGGAGUUGGAUGCUGUCCGAGAGCCUCUACUUGCAUCGGCUCAUCGUGGCCGCCUUCUCCGGGAGGGGCAAGACCUAUGUGUACGUCCUCGUAGGAUGGGUUCCGCCAGUUGUAUUGGGUUGUUCUUGGGCGGUGAGUCGCGCACUACUCGAAGACUACCAGUGCUGGUUGGGAGACCAACAUGGCGACGAUCGGCAUCUCUACCUCAUAACAGAACUUCCGAAACUUAUCAUCUUAGUGGUGAAUACUAUCUUGCUAGCAAAUAUGACUCGAGUUGUGGUUACACAGAUGAGGAGCGUCAGUGACGAUGGAGCAGUGGCAAAUAAGAGAGCGGUUAAGGCUACCAUGUUCCUAUUACCUAUGUUUGGACUGCAGUUUUUCAUCACAUUCGUAGUUCCUCCUUAUACCACACCAUGCAUCGGAAUGCACGUAUAUUCUUUUUUGGCCACCGGUGUAGAUGGCCUCCAGGGCCUGUAUGUGGCGGUCGUCUACUGCUAUAUGAAUCAAGAGGUCAAAAACCAGGUUGGUCGGUCCUUGCAUCACCUGAGAGGAACCAUCUACAAGCCUCUGAGUACCUCCUACGCCACUUACGACCCCAAGACGGAAGUCAGUCAGAUCCACAGCUCUGUCAGCCACUCAGUCGACUCUUGAGCAUAGAAAACUGGAUUCUUC